AUGGGAAGAGUGGCGUUUGACGACUCAGAAGCGCAGAGAACGGGGGAGGCUUCUCCCGCGGAGUCCGCGCCUGCGCGGUGCGCUCCUUCCGCUGGCCCCAGCGCGCCACCCGACGGGGCUGGGCCCCCCGCGGCGAUGGCGGAAUCCGCGGAAGACCUGGCGGACCUGCUCAUUCAGGGCGCGCGGUACGGGGACAUGGAGGACGUGGCAGCAGCGCUGGACGGCGGGGCUGAUGCUGGCGUGGCGGACGAUGAGGGGCGCACAGGUGAGGCGGGGGAGUGUGGGUGGAGGGAUGAGGGGCGCACAGGUGAGGCGGGGGAGUGUGGGUGGGGGGAUGAGGGGCGCACAGGUGAGGCGGGGGAGUGUGGGUGGGGGGAUGAGGGGCGCACAGGUGAGGCGGGGGAGUGUGGGUGGGGGGAUGAGGGGCGCACAGGUGAGGUGGGGGAGUGUGGGUGGGGGGAUGAGGGGCGCACAGGUGAGGCGGGGGAGUGUGGGUGGGGGGAUGAGGGGCGUACAGGUGGGGGAGGAGGGAUGAGGGGCGCACAGGUUGGGGGGGGGAGUGAGGGGCGCAUAGAUUGGGGGUGGCGGAUGAGGGGCGCACAGCUCACUCCCUCUCAUCGCCCUCGCCACUCCCCUCCCGUCGCCUUCGCGCACUUCCAUCCCGUCGCCUUCGCGCACACCCGUCCCGUCACCUUCGCGCACUCCCCUCCCAUCGCCUUCGCGCACUCCCCUCCCGUCGCCUUCGCGCACUCCCCUCCCGUCGCCUUCGCGCACUCCCCUCCAAAGAGGAUGAUCACUCCCUCCCGUCGCCUUCGCGCACUCCCCUCCAAAGAGGAUGAUCACUCCCUCCCGUCGCCCACGCUUCCUUCCUGA